CAUGGCAGCCAUUCACCAAUGGGUUAAAUCCACUCACCAGGCCAAUGGACAGGAUCCUCCCCAAGCAAUUAAAAGCGCCCGCCCCCUUAUACUCACUGUCUUUUUUUCCUGUCCACGGGCUGAUGGUGCAGGUGGAUGAUUCCCAGCAGUAAGGGGGCUCUCUGCUCUCUCUCUCGGUUCCCCCUUACAGUUGCUGAAGUCCCAGUAGCUCCCCCUGAGUUGGGGUUAGCAAGGGAGGGACCAGGCGUUUGCGUGGAGGCAUCCUGUGUCCAGCCGUACCUCCCGUAGUAUGCGGGUUAGGGAGGCGAAGGAGGUGUGGCGCAGUGUGGCGCCGAAACCGGAAGUGACGUCACAACUACCGCAAGAGUUUCCUACACUAGGCUGGAUGCGGAGCGCCGUAUGGGCGGAAGUACCUCAGGCGCCAUUUUGGAAUCUGGCAGCAUGGCGAACCGGAAGUGGGGUUUUCGCGCCUGAGAUGCGCCAAACAGUAUUUUAGUGCGUUCAGGUAGGCAGGGAUGCCCUUCUUUAAAAAGUUUCUUUGCUACUUGUGACACUGGGUCCUGCAGGAGCCUGUUUAUUCUGCUGAUACAGCACCUCUAUGGAGUCGGGAAUGCCGGGCAAACCACCUCACCCCAAAGGGAAAAGGUGAGACGUAUCCUAAUGCCUGUGUGCUAAGAGAGAGAGAGAAUUGUGCAGGAGGUUAAUAUUUGUUUUUUCUAUAUAAUUACACAGCCUUCCUGCCACUGAGAAGAAAGACAAAACGCCAGAAAAGGCUACGUCAGUUCAAGCUCCAGGAGAACCAGGAGUGUCAGCUUCUCUUGAAAAUCAAGCUUUUGCUGAAUCUUUGGCUGCGGUCAUUAAGCAAGCGGUGGUGCAAGGUUUUCAGGAAGUAGCAACUUCUAAAAAGAGGGCAAGACAUGGUUACUCAAGACAAAUAGAUUCCCUUUCUGAGGUUUCGGAGGGAGAACUUUCGGAAGAUUCAGAAUUAGAUUCUCCUUUAGGUUCGGAAGAAGGGGAGAUUGACAUGGAGGAGGACUCCAAUUUUGAUCUGGCAGUGAUCGAGCCUCUGAUAAAAGCAGUUAGGCAGACGCUGACGUUCCCCAUGGAACCUGCCAAAUUAUCUUCAGCUGAUAAGUUGUUCCCGUCUCUGAAGAAGAGGUCGGUAUGCUUUCCAGUUCACGCCUCAAUUAAAGAUAUUAUUAUGGCAGAAUGGAAAAAAAACAGAAAAAAGACCUCAGACUGCAGGAAAAUUUCUUAAGAAAUAUCCAUUUGCAGAAGAGGAUUCGAAAUUUUGGGAUUCAUCCCCUAAGGUGGAUGCAGCGGUUGUGAGACUGGCAAGAAAGACCACCUUACCGGUGGAUGAUGCGGCAGCUUUCAGAGAACCGAUGGAGAAAAAGAUUGAAUUUAAUCUUAAAAAAUCUUUUGGAGCAGCAGGGGCAGCCUGUAGACCGGCAGUGGCGCUCACUUCAGUUUCGCGAGCCUUAAAAGUGUGGCUAGCUGAGGUAGAAGAAGCAAUCUCAUCUAAUGUAAAAAGACCUAAAGUGUUGGAAAUGCUGGCUGACUGUAAGUUGGCGGUUGAUUUUAUGUCAGAAGCUUCUAUUGAUCUAGUCCACUUUAUGGCAAGAUCUAUGGCACUGUCGGUGGCAGCAAGGAGAGCGUUGUGGCUUAAACCUUGGGCAGCAGAUGCAGCCUCGAAAUCCAACUUAUGCCAACUACCAUUUGAGGGAGAAAUGUUGUUUGGAGAGAGAUUGGAUACAAUCAUCAAGAAAGUAUCUGGAGGAAAAAGUGUAUUCCUUCCUCAGGAAGGAAGAAACAAAAGGAUGAGGUUUGAUACAUCUUUUCACAGAGAGAAGGAGAGAUCAUUUAGAACAUCCAAACAAUAUAAGCAAGGGAAAGAAUUUAACAGACAGUCGUCCUGGAGAUCGGGCCGUCAAAGCUCAAGAGGCAAUUUCAGGAGAUCGAGAGGUUUCUCCACCUCAGGCUCAACGGCUCAGCAGCAAUGAGGGUGUCUUGGCUCAGACGAAAGUAGGAGGCAGAUUGGCGCUAUUCGCUCAGGUCUGGGCCAGAAACAUUCAGGAUCGCUGGGUAUGCGAUACAAUAGAAAGAGGUUUUUGUUUAGAGUUUUCAAAAAUUCCCAAAGAAGAUUAUUUUGUAACUUCAUCUUUGCAGGAGUCAGAAGAAGCGCAAGGUCUGUUCCAG